CACGAGACUAUGAAAAUGGCGGGUGUUCCCAAACUUGCAAAGGCCAAAUGAAAUGUGGCUGUUCUGGAAGAAAUCUGUUGAGAAGUGCUGAAGCCUCCCUUGGUGGCUAUGGGGGAGGACGAAUUUAAAGUGCGAUGUGUGAAGACAUCAGACUCGGACGAUGAGAGUGAUGGCAGCGAAGCUAUGAUGAAAGCACACAAGAGCUUGAAGACAGAAGGCUUCGCACCUGUCUGGAUGACCCCAAAGGAAUGUCUCAAGGUCAAAAGAAAAGAGAAGAACUGUGUCUACCUAUUUGACCCCUUUGAAGGACAAGCCUUUGACCACAUCAAGAGUCUUUGCUGCAGAAUCCUCGGUCCACAGUGUAUCCUUGAAUCGUUGGAAUACAAGUUGGAGAUUCCAAGGAAGGCUCGUCCUGUGUAUAACCUGGCCAUGAGGAAUGUGGUCGCCUGCUGCACCAACCUGGACAAACAAACAAGGGAUGAGGUGCACGAGAAGAUUGAGCUGAUGAGUGGCAGCGUGGGAAAGGAUUUCACAGAGGCUGUGACCCACCUCAUAGCAGGGGAGGUGGGCAGCAAGAAGUACCAGGUAGCAGCCAGUCUCGGGAAACAGAUCAUGUCAGCGGAUUGGGUGUACAAAGUUUGGGAGAUCUCUCAGACAAGAGCUGUACAUGGACUGGAUGCCGGUCUAGAUGAGUACCGUUGUCCAAUCUUCAAGGGGCUUGUCAUCACAGUGUCUGGACUUGACCCUCAGGAACGCAACGAUGUCAAAAAACUCAUCCACUCAGAAGGUGGGAAGUACACUGGUGAAAUGAAGGUUAAUGAAUGCACACACCUGAUUAUCAACAAGCCUAAAGGUACAAAAUAUGAGUUUGCUAAGAAGUGGAAACUGAACAUUGUGAGGACUGCAUGGUUGUACGAUUCCGUAGAUAAGGGCUUCUGUCAGGAUACAGAAAAAUACAAAGUAAUGGUGGAUGACAAAUCCCAGGCCAAAACCUCCACACCAGAGAAGGAUGUUCCUCACACUCGAGCCUCCACCAUUGCUGAUCUGAGCUGUAUAGCCAACGUUUCUGUAAUUGGACACAUCAAUGAAACUGCAGCUACCACCAAUAUCCACACACACAAGUCAUUUGAGGAUACAGACACCACACUCAAUGGUAUUGACCUGACACAGCCUCCAGCCGACCUCUUUCUUGAUGGGUGUAAGAUUUUCCUGAGUGGGUUUAAAGGUCAAGCACUGGAGAAAGUACGCAAGGUCAUCAACGCAGGCGGGGGAACACGUCUGAACCAGUUGAAUGAGAAUGUCAGCCAUGUAAUUGUUGGGGAACGUGUAGAAAAAGACAUGAACCUUCUCAAGGAAGCAACAUUUAGACCCCAUGUUGUCGGAGCAGUCUGGCUGGCCGAGUGUUACAGACAGGGACAUGCGGUGGAAGAACAACCAUACCUUUGUCCGGAGUUUGCCUCAGAUCUGCCGUUGUCACCCAAAACUAAAGGGAAGUUGACAGCUAAGGAGCCUUCUCCAGUAACGAAAGACAAAGUCCCCGAGGCUGACAACCAGGACGCAGAUAUGGAGGACAUCAUGAGUCAAUACCUGCUGCAGGCAGACCAUGGGCUAGGAUCACAGGAUACGACGGUGUUAGAUAAGGACCAGACCCAAGAUCCCAGUGCUCCCGCCCCAGGGGCAGAGGGACCCCCCAGGGAGAGAGAGGAGGAGGCCGCUGGAGAAGGGGACGUCACAGAAGACCCAGACAUGGAAGGAAGUCCCAAACCGAUAUUUCGUAGAAAGUCCUUCAUGUUCUUUGGCUUCGAAGAAGAUGCAGUGAAGGAGCUUACUCAGUUCAUAGUGGAGAGACGAGGUCGAGUGUUUGACCCCAAAGUUCGCGUGGUACUCGAUUACGCUGUUGUUCCCCUGGACGGGUUCCCUGUAGACAGGACAGCAAGUGAAGUAGUCACCAACGCCUGGCUGCAAAUCUGUUUGGAGCAUGACACUUUGAUGACUGACGCUAACGAGCUGUAUCAUCCUCUGGAUCUUAAUCUCGAGCCUCAGCAGCUGACGGGCUGUGUUCUGUCCAUCAGUGGCUACUCAGGGACAGAGAGAGACUGCCUGAUGCACAUUGCUGAACUCCUGGGGGCCAAGUGUCAAGACUACUUCGUAAGGAAGGCUAGUAAGGGACUCCAGCCAAGCACCCAUCUCAUUGUGCGCGAGGCAGAGGGCUCCAAGUACGAGGCUGCAAAGAAAUGGAACAUCCCCGCCGUGUCAAACAGGUGGUUGUUUGCUUGUGCUAAGUCUGGGAAAAGAGAAAAAGAGGAAAAGUUUCAUAUUGACAAUAAAAACAUUGACUCAGUUGAAAUGGAGGUACAAGAAACUUCCACAAGGACAGCAGAAGUAGAAAUCUCCGAACAUCAUAGAAAGCCUGAUGAGGCAUUAGUAGGGAGGGGGGAGGUUCGACAGCAGAACAGCAUAAUGGACAAACAGGAAGCUGUUCCAACAAAUGACAGUACCGUGAAUGUGCCAGUAGAGGAAAUUAGGGGUAGAAAGAGUCUGAAGCGCACCAGCUCGACUCUAGACUGUCCAGGAACCACAGAGGACAACAACAGGCCCAGUAAAGUGGCACGGACGCUGGAGAAUGUUAAAGAAAGUAGUAGACAGAUGGACAGUGGUACAGAGGAGUCUAUAUCACGUCCUGUAGACAAGCCGAAUCAGGGAAGUCAGAAGGAAAAUGUGAGCAGGGUGAACAAAGCUGCUGUCAAUGAGAGAGUAAAGGCCCUGCAGGCAGAGGUGGACACCACUCCACAGGGCGGAUCAAGGUUCCGCACAGGACUCCAAACUCCCUCUCCCGGGCGCUUCCUUGACCUGAGCAAAGAAUUCCACCCUGUGUUUGAUCUUACCGAUGCCCUGGCCUCACUGGAGACUCCAGAAGGGCAUCGCAAAGUCAGCAGGAGGAAGACCAGCUUGCCUCUGGAUGAGCUAUACACUAUACAGAUAGAAAAGGGUCUGAAGAACAUGGAAGAAGGCCAGCCUGCUGUUGAGAAAACUCCAAUAAAGGUGGACAAGGAGGUCCCUCCCCUUCAUGGUGUCACCAUUGUCGUCAAUAAGAAGUUAUCAUCUCAACAAUCUGAUUUCAACAACAUUGUGUCUGACCUUGGAGGGGACUACCGUUGGUCAUAUGACAAUUCCUGUACCCACUACGUAUUCCAGGGACGUGCAAAUGACACGACAAAAGAGUUCCGAUUGGCACGUGACCAAGGCAAGAUAAUUGUGUCACCACACUGGCUACAAAUGUGUAAGGAACAAAUGGCCAGGGUGGAUGAGUCACUGUUCCCACAUACUUUCAACCCCAAUCUGUCCUUGUCUGUGGUGACCAGUAAACGGACGGAGACACCUGGCCGAGCGAGUCGCCGGGCAGGACGAGCUGGUUCGAGGAAGGGAGAGGAGGUUGCCUCAAGUUCAAAUACCACUACGUCUACUUCGCACUCAAAACAGCUAUCGCCAUCACCAAAACCAGAACAAAGCAUUAAUUCUAAGCCAGCAUUGUCCAAAACUGAGGACCUCCAGUCCGAUACUAAACAAGAAAUCUCGCCAUUAAGAUCUGAAUCAUCUUCACCACCUCAGGGGACUAAACCAGACACAUCUCCAAAAGAGGAAGGGCAGAAGUCAGGAGAAGAGGUCAUGGAACAAGAAGGCGGUGCCAAAGAAACGGAGGGACUGGAAAUCGGUGGAACAUUGGAGCUUCGGGAAGUCCUCUCCAAACAGCUUGAGAAAAUGAUGGGAUCAAAAGCUAAGAAAAACACAAGGAGAAAAAGUAAAAGGCUGAACUCCAGCGGACAGAUGAACAUGUCGGGAGAGACAUCGGGGGAAUUGUCGGGGGAGGGACGGAACAGUAACCAUAGUCGUCCCCCUUCCCACCAGAACCGCUGGAGUCUUCAAGACGAGCAGUCUGGCCAGAAUGAGCGAAGGAACAGCAGACAGACCACUGGGGGGAAGUCCCUGGAGAACAACUCGGGCCCCGAGGCUUCACAGAGUGUACAGAUCACCUGGGAUGAUCCCACAGGAAGACUGGAGGAGGAGAAGCUGGCUCACAAGCUGGAGAGAGCAUGCAGCCCGACACAGGACCCUGCCCUGCCCCCGGGCUACCUUGAUGCUGAGUUCUCUGAGGUGGAGGAGGAGGAGGAAGAGGAAGAAAAGCCUGUACCACACCUUCCUCAUUAUGGUAAGACACCUGACCGACACCCAGAAGAUGACAGAAUAAAGACUCCUGAAGCUCCAGCUCUGGCCUUCCCCAAGCCCAGACAUUCCACUAGGGGAGAUAUCUCAGAACCAGUUGUCGCAGUGAGUGAUGCUGAGGAGAAGGCCAAGGAGGAGACAGCUCGACCUACACCAGUGUUCUUGCUGUCUGGAGUAUCACAAGAGGAAAAGGACCACUAUGGUGCGCUUGUGGAACAGCUAGGGGGACAGAUGCUGGACGGCCAGAUGUACAGUUCUGCCUGUACUCACCUGGUUAUAGGUCUGCCAUCUCGCAACGAGAAGUUUCUUGCUAGCGUUGCAUCAGGGAAAUGGGUGCUUCACAAAUCUUACUUUGAGGCCUGUCGACAGGAAGGCAAGUUUGUACCGGAGGCAUUAUACGAGUGGGGAGGAGAGGGCACCUCCAGCCUGGCCAGUAGUAAGAACCAGGUGGUGGUCAAGCUCGCUGCGGCCGCACACUCCUGGAGGGUUUCAGUGGACGAGGAGCGACAGAGGUCGGGAUCCUGUUUUGGAGCAUUCAGUGGCUGGAAAGUACUACUCUGUGCUGACCCAAACAAGGAAUCAAGCUUCCGCAGAUUACUGGCUGCAGGAGGCGCCACUGUUCUCACCAACAAACCACCAUUCUCAAGGUCACUGUCUGCUACACAUGCCUUCAUAGAGCUGUCCAAGUACAAGAUGUCACAGGAAGACCUGGAGGUACUCCUCAGUAACAAUGUAUCAUGUUUGCGCCCUGACUUCAUUGCUGCACAUCUGACCGACAGCCCUCCACCACGUCCUGAAGAUUUCUGUCCUCCAGAGGUGUCUGCCCUCAGUGUAAGUAUGAAAGGAGAGAUGAGCGGAAGAAGAAAAUUGUCAUCAUCUUCCUCAAGCGAGUCCAGAAAUAGGCGGGCCAAACAUCACUGACAGUGUCUGCAUGUAGGAGAACGUUACAAACAAGUGACUGUCUACUCAAAACAACAAGAAGUGCUCAUUCCUCUUGGCUUAUUGUGUGAAAGAUGGUCAUUUGUGUGCCACAGUGAUCAUUAUGUAUUCCUUGUGAUGGUGACAGUGUCACAGGUGAGGCUGAGUUCUUCCUCGUGAUCAUGACAGUGUGAUAGUUGAUGCUGACGUAAUUCCUAGUAACCGGACCAGCCUCAUAGACUCAACAGUUGAUGCUGACGUAAUUCCUAGGUACCGGACCAGGCUCAUAGACUGAACAGUUGAUGCUGACGUAAUUCCUAGGUACCGGACCAGCCUCAUAGACUCAACAGUUGAUGCCGAGAUCAUUCUUAACUGGAACAUUUUUAACUCGUGUGUACAUAGGCCGUAAAUAUUAUAUUUAUUAUUGAUGACUUUAGUAAGUAUAACUUUGGUGUUAUACAUGACCAACAAAACGGAAUACCGAGAGACGGACCAAUCAACUCACUGGCAGCUAUAAACAGUGACAGGUGCCUCUAUUGUGUUCAGUGCGGACUUCCAAAAUAAGUAUCUCAAGUGUUGCUUAUCCUAGCAUUUAAUGAUUAAGUAUGCUCAUAUUAUAUAAACAUAUAUAUUUUAUAAUUAAAGCAUCAACUCAAAGUAUGCUAUCCUUGUGGUAGCUGAAAAACAACAUUAACCAGGUGUCAAUUUAAAAAUGAAUGUUAAACCUGUUUUAUGCAUCAUCAUUGUGAACUAUGCUAAGGGCUGUACAGUGAAAAUUUACCGAACUCCAGUAUUCCAAUUUAAGUCACCUCCAUCCAUGGUUGGGUUUCCUGCCGAUUAGUUCUAUGCAAAUCGUUACUUAAAUUCUGUUGCGGUAUCCAUGAACAAAAUCUGGAGUUCGGGGUGUGAUAGGUGUUUUACUGGAAUAGCCCUUACAUCAACAAAACAAAAUAUCGAUGACUUUAUUUUUACAGUUGUACCCAUACAGUUUGUUGAUGUCUGAAUAAAACAAUACAAAUCGG